AUGAGCGGUGGCUUAGACCACGGCGGCGAGGAUCCAGAGGGCUCGUUUGUCCAGCGUCUCGAGAAGCGUCGCCGGCUCGAGGCGCGAACGCCCCGCUACGACCUCAUCUCCAGCAUCCCGCCGACCUCGAACAAGGUCGAGCGGUUUUCAGCGUGGCGCGUACCACGUUUGCUCAAGAGCGCAACAGUCUCCAACGGCGGCGAGGAUCCAGAGGGCUCGUUUUUCCAGCGUCUCGAGAAGCGUCGCCGGCUCGAGGCGCGAACGCCCCGCUACGACCUCAUCUCCAGCAUCCCGCCGACCUCGAACAAGGAUCCAGAGGGCUCGUUUUUCCAGCGUCUCGAGAAGCGUCGCCGGCUCGAGGCGCGAACGCCCCGCUACGACCUCAUCUCCAGCAUCCCGCCGACCUCGAACAAGGUCGAGCGGUUUUCAGCGUGGCGCGUACCACGUUUGCUCAAGAGCGCAACAGUCUCCAACGGCGGCGAGGAUCCAGAGGGCUCGUUUGUCCAGCGUCUCGAGAAGCGUCGCCGGCUCGAGGCGCGAACGCCCCGCUACGACCUCAUCUCCAGCAUCCCGCCGACCUCGAACAAGGUCGAGCGGUUUUCAGCGUGGCGCGUACCACGUUUGCUCAAGAGCGCAACAGUCUCCAACGGCGGCGAGGAUCCAGAGGGCUCGUUUGUCCAGCGUCUCGAGAAGCGUCGCCGGCUCGAGGCGCGAACGCCCCGCUACGACCUCAUCUCCAGCAUCCCGCCGACCUCGAACAAGGUCGAGCGGUUUUCAGCGUGGCGCGUACCACGUUUGCUCAAGAGCGCAACAGUCUCCAACGGCGGCGAGGAUCCAGAGGGCUCGUUUUUCCAGCGUCUCGAGAAGCGUCGCCGGCUCGAGGCGCGAACGCCCCGCUACGACCUCAUCUCCAGCAUCCCGCCGACCUCGAACAAGGAUCCAGAGGGCUCGUUUUUCCAGCGUCUCGAGAAGCGUCGCCGGCUCGAGGCGCGAACGCCCCGCUACGACCUCAUCUCCAGCAUCCCGCCGACCUCGAACAAGAAUGGUGACUUCUGGGACGUUUCGACAGUCGAUAGCGUCAAUUAG